ACACACACACACACACACACACACACACACACACACACCAGAGUGAACCAGAGCAGCACACAGGACAGGACGGUACACUUUCUCUCGGUGAAUACCAACAAACCCAGCGGGCUCCAUGGGUAACAGCUCCAGCUUCACAGGGCUAAACCGAGCCGUUCACAAUGUGUUAAAGAAGGACAGGAGAAUUCACCACAACACGGUUGGGACAUGUCAGAAAGUUCUUCAGGUGUGAACACUCUCAGUGGCAGUUUCCCCAAAUCCCACUCGUCCCAGUACUCUGACCCCGGGGUUACAGGCACACCUCUCUCUGUGGACCAGAGUCCUGAUUCUGGACUUGUAUCUACACCUCUUCCAUCGAGUCGAUUCCGGUUUGUGUCGUGGCAUCGCCUGGAGCAGUGUGAUGUCACAGGUGACCAGCUGACCUGCCCCAGGGUCAGAGAAGGGCCAUCAGAAGAGGAGCUGUUUCAAAGAGAGGGGGAUGACAUCUGUUUGGAGAGAGGCAGGAGAAGGAGGAGAGAGGAUGAAGGACAACGAUGGGAGGAUAGACUGCAAGAGAACUGGGAAAACUGUCUGGAGUUAAACCUGUCCUAUCAGGACUUGGGUGACCCCUUCCAGCAAGAAAAUUUCCUCCGGAUCCUCCGUCGGCUGAUCCGUGUGGAGAAACUACAGCUGGUUGACAAUUCCCUCACCAACCUGAGUUCUGUACGUCUGCCAAGGUGCAGGAUGCUAAACCUGCACCGUAACCACCUGGUGUGUCUGCGUCAGCUGCCAAAGCUCCCAGCAGUGGAGCACCUUUGUCUGUCUGAGAACGCCAUCGGCUCCCUGGGGGGACUGGGAGCUCUGGGGAACGGCCUGCUCCGCUCCCUCAACCUGACCCACAACCCAGUGACCUUCACUCAGGACUACCGCGCACGUGUUUUCCUCUGUUUGCCAAAGCUAGAGAUCCUGGAUGGAAUCCCCAAGCUGCCAGAAGACUCUCUGCCCAUCAGACUACAUUUCCCAGAAACCACCAGGAUGUGCAACAUUCUAUGACACUCACCGUGGAUGGAUGUGUAUGGGGUCAGUUUUCCCAGUCCUACAAGACUUCAGCAAAGUACUCUUCAGCACUAAAAGUUUCAUAGAACUGUUUAAUUUAUUCACACAAAUUAUGUCACAACAAUUGCCGAAAAACACCGACAAUGCCGUCACAUGAAAUGUAAUGGUAAUGUGCUCCAAGGCCAUGUAAAAUGCUUUUUAUUGUUAUCAUUAUUGAUAUCUUUGUAAGUGAGAUUUUUUUUAAAUAUAUUCUAUCCACAUAU